UAUGGCCGAGCAGCAAGCGGAGACAGCGAGCAGAGGGCUGGUUCACAGAGUGAUGUCAGUGGUUGGAGCUGACAGCAUGCUCAGCAGUGUAUGGGGCUAUGUGGACUCAACCAUGAGGUGGUGCUGGAUCCCCAGCUGGCUGCCAUCAUGGUGUCCCACCUCUCAGAUCCAGCUACAGACUGCAGAGGACAAGAUGCUGCGAUGUGUAGACAGCACUUUCUCUAAACAGUAUGUACCCAUCUCCAACGGUAACCUGCUGUGGACCCUGACCCUCAGCAGUGAGGGUGUCAAACACAAAACCCCCAUGGUUCUGCUCCAUGGGUUUGGAGGUGGCGUGGGCCUCUGGGCCCAGAACCUGGACGCUCUCUCCCAGCGUCGGCCCGUGCUGGCUGUGGACCUGCUGGGUUUCGGACAGAGCAGCAGGCCUGUGUUCUCCACAGAUGUCCAGCAGGCAGAGGACCAGUAUGUGGAGUCUAUAGAGCAGUGGAGGUCUAAAAUGGGUCUGGACUCCAUGAUACUGCUGGGACACAACCUGGGAGGAUACCUGGCUGUGUCCUACUCUAUUAAAUACCCUGACAGAGUAAAACAUAUAGUGCUGGUGGAGCCCUGGGGAUUCCCCGAGCGCCCGGAUACAGUGGAGGCAGACCGGCCCAUCCCUGUGUGGAUCAAAGCCCUGGGGGCCAUGUUCAGUCCCUUCAACCCCCUGGCUGGCCUGAGACUGGUUGGCCCACUCGGGCCCACUCUGGUCCAGACUCUGAGACCCGACUUCAAGAGGAAGUUCUCCUCCAUGUUCAGUGACAACACAGUGUCAGAGUACAUCUACCACCUGAACGUGCAAACCCCCAGUGGGGAAACAGCCUUUAAGAAUAUGAGCACACCGUGCGGCUGGGCUAUGAGGCCCAUGCUGCAGAGGAUGGACCAGCUUCAGCCUCAGAUCCCCAUCAGCAUCCUGUACGGAUCACGCUCCGGCAUCGACAGCAACUCAGGCAGCGCCAUCAAACAGAUGAGGCCUCACUCUCAUGUGGACAUCAUAAUGAUCCGUGGAGCUGGACACUACGUCUACGCUGACCAGCCAGAGGACUUCAACCACAGAGUUUUACAAGUCUGUGAUAAAGUGGACUGAAGUAAACACUGAACUCUGGAGAAAGGGGAGCACCAAUAACAGACUUAACUACAGCAGGAUUCCACUUCCUCCAAGCAGCCAUAAGCCAUAUAUUUUUAUAUUAUCUUAAAAUACUUCAAGUGUGAAUAAAUGUCUAUGUUUCUGCAUAUUUAGAAAAGAAGAGGAAAACUAUAAUAUAAGACUCAGUAUUUUAGGAGAGUCAUUUGUAAUAUGAUAUAAUGAUAAUAUAUUUCGUCCCAUCUUAAAUGAUAUCUACCUGAAACAAAGCUCAGUUACAGUUUCAUGUGUCCAGUAUGGUGCGUAACCUGUGGUUUGUGGUUUUUCUCAAUGAUUCUGAUCCGACAGACAAGAAGAUGACUCUUUAGUACAACACUGAAUCAGCACCAGGGCGCAGCUUUAGAUUCAUCUUUCUUUUAUAGCGUCUGUCCUCUGUUCAUGUUUUUGACUUUUCUUUCAGACAGAAAAGUUAAUUUCAAUUGUAUUCAUCAUGAACGUGAACCCAGAUCACCUCUGCAAAGAUGAUCAAUGUAAACAUUUUCACUCUAAAGCUGGUGCACAGUUCUAUGGGACUCUUUUUUUUUUUUUUUUUUUUUUUUAACCUCUGUCUACACAAUAAUCUUAAACCAUUUGAAUGUAUAAUUCUCUGAAGGCUGUUUUUAUAUUUUAGCUGCCAUAGAUUUUUAACUAAAACCAGAGAUAUAUGAUGCAACACUCCAACAGCUGAGCUCUCUGCUGUUAGCCUGUGCCUAAAAACAAAUGUAUACUUUUGAAUUGUAGAACAAAACCUAGAAAUUCUUGACUUGCUUCCAAGUCAAGAAAAGUAAUGUGUUUUGAUGUCACCAGGCACCUCUACAGAUGUACAACAGUUUAGUUAAGCUCCAAUAUGGGAAGUAUACGCUCUGUGAUUCUAGACAUUAAGUCAGGAUUUCUUGAUUUUGACUAUUAUUUUCUCAAUCUGUCUUUUGCUAGUAAUAGUAUUUAAUAGACUUGCAAUACUGAAAUCUGAAGUGCCAUUUAAGUCAGUAACUGCAGUGAUUCAAUGUGAAUAAUCUAUGGAUUAAAGAAACCUGUGGAAA